AGCCGUGCCCAAGCGCCGCUCCCCACCCGGGACGAGCCGCCCCUGCCCGCCCGGCGCUUUAACCGCCCGCCGUGGGUGUUGGCCGGGCGCAGUGCGCAUGAGAGAGGGGUCGGCUCCUCAGCAGAGCUCGCUUUGGGUUUUGAGGUUACUCCGAGAACCGGCUGUCCUUCGUCUGGUGUCCUUCCCGCACCCCGCUUUGUCCCCUCGCUGCCUCAGCCAGGAGAGGCGCGGACUUCUGCCCGCAGCAGGUAGUGAAGGAGGGCUGUUCAUAAGGAGGAAAUGAAUCCACCGUACCGGAUCAGCCAAUUUUGAGCAGUCUGUAACAACAGCAGCACAAUGAAAACGUGUCGUGGGCCAGUCUGUUUUGUUUACCUGUGAUCUUGUACAGCUGGCUCAAAGAAAUGAGCACAGCUAGCAACCCUACGUAACGUGCUGAUGGCAUCCUGCGCUGCGCUGGGAUCAGGAAGUCCAGGAGGGUGUGAUGCCUAGAAAUCUCCUCUCAGAUUUUCCUGAAGCGACAUCCGAAAUCUCUCCAAAGCACGCAGUUGGGAGCAUGGAGAGGGGCAGCAGCGUGGAGAACCGUGGCAACCAAGCGAGGUGUAAAAAUCUUGCUAUGGAUGAUGAGAGUAUGAAGUACUUAACCCACGAAGAGCAGGACGUUCUCAUGUUCUUCGAGGAAACUAUAGAUGCCUUAGAAGACGACUUGGAGGAACCAGUCCUACAUGACAGUGGCAUCCACUGUCAGUCUUCAAGGUCAACGGAAGAGAACGUGUCCAGCCAUUCGGAAACCGAGGAUAUCAUUGACUUAGUUCAGUCAACGCCCGAGAGCAGCGACCACGAAGGCCCUCCUAGCAAAGAUGCAGAACCAGUGUUGGAUGCUACCUGGCGAGCGGAGAGCCCUAAGCCAGCUGCACCUGCUGACCUUCCCUCGCAUCCCUCGGUGUCGCAGCCGCUGAGCUGUGAGACUCCUCUUCCUCCUCCACCCCCUCCUGCCGUGCAGCAUCCAAAAUUGCUUCGCUCGAUCCCUACCCCGCUCAUCAUGGCCCAGAAGAUGUCCGAGCAGCAAGCGGAGAGCAGGGUGCGCUUCCCCGGUGCCCUCAAGGAAGGGAGCUUGGACAGGAAGAAGACCCCCGUAGCCAACGGUGAUUGUUUUGCAGCUCCAAAGCACCCCCCUGCACCCGCCCCCAAACUGCACCGCUUUCCCAGCAACAUCAACAUAACCAACGUCAGUGGCAAGGAAUUCAACGAGACCAUCUCCAAGGCAGCCGUUAACGUGCAGGAGCGGAGAGCUCAGGUGCUGGCCAACAUCAACGGCGGAGCCUUUCUGGCAGCCGAGCUGGAGGAGAAGCUGCAGAAGAACGACUUCUUGUCGCGCAACAGGAGCUCUUCCUUACGGGAUCUCUCCUCCGAGCAAGCGCGCUAUGAGGCCCUGACAAAACUGGGUCUCGUUAAGGGAAAGCCAGCUCAGGACCAAGUGGAUCAUGCCCCGAGCGCUCAGCGUCUUGAUGCGCAGCCCAAGCAGGCAGACGCCGUUCCCAACGGGUACCAAAACAUCCACGAGGUCUUAAAAAGCGAGCCCAGCCCUUUCCAUCCUCUGGGCAAAACUGUGACAAUCAAACCAGAGGGAGCUCUUGCUGCUAACAAGGCCACUCAGCAGAACGCAGCAAAGGGCUUUAAUGAUUACAAGCCCCCUAACCUCAGCCUGGAUAUGAGGAGGAGGUCGGGUUCGCUGCCCAGACCCUCGGGAUUUCGCUCGCAAGGGAUCACCGUCAAGUUCGCUGGACGUGGCUCAACAGAAGAAGCCAGGAGAGAGGCACUCCGCAAACUGGGACUGCUGAAAGAGACAGCGUAACAGGGAGGGGGACAUUGUGGCAUCAGAAGGGAAUCCAAGCUUGGCUUUGCGCUAGAGCAAUCCCAACAGGCUUGGGAUCAGACGGAUGGGAAGAAGAAAGGGGAAGUUCUCAGCUUCGGGUGAGCUCAGGAGGUACUGGGACUGGACUGACUGCUGGCGUUUAGCUCAGAGACUGGCAGCACGAAACGCCGCCUACAGGGGUGGGUUUCAGCCCGCUGUCCUGCAGAGAUGCUCAUCUGUUACUCCUUGUGACUGAGAGAUGUAUUUCAGUCGUGCUGGCCUGCAGCAGUGGGCACUGCGGUAAGGAAGUGCCCAGUGCAGUGUUGUACGGGGCACACUGAAUGGAGGAGCCUCCUUUUUGCUCUUUUUCUAAAGCCAAAACCGAGAGCUCUGUUUUGCACACGUGUCUGUCUGUCCAGGGGGGCUCGAGAUGGGUCAGAACUGAUGUUUCUGACCUGGGUGACAUACUUCUGUGUUGUUUUGUUGUCUGUAUUAUCCGGCUUUGCUUUAUUCCCUCACCCGUGGUGAAGGCUGCUGCUUCCUUGCUCUGUGCCCACUCCACUUCAGCCUGCACAGGGUUGGUUUGGGUUCUGACCUUUCUCCUAGGAAGCUCCACAUCCAGUGAGAGGCACCGCAUGGGCCUCAAGGGUGUGCACGGCGUGCUGGUUUCUGUACCAACAGCCAAAAAGUCUCCUGAAAAUCUGAAACCCGCUGUUCUGUACCAGGGGGUGGUGGAGCAGAGAAGCCAUAGGAACAAGCCCGCUUUGUACCAAAUGUGAGAACCUUACUCAAAAGUCUUGCCUCUUACCAUAGUGUUCCUGUGAAAAAGCUGUUACUCCUUGAACAAUCGCUGUGCAACACUGGCCGGGUCCAGGUUCUGUUACUUCUAACUCCUGCUUCGACAGACUUCAUCCUCCUCUGCUCAGAGCCUUAUUCAAUCCCACCCUGCCAAUACAGAACAGAAGCUACAGCCAAAAGUCUUGCAGGCGAAGUGGAGUUGCAGGCAAGAGCAGUGUGUAAGGGCACGUCCUUCCUGAAGGCUCCCUGGCGCUGUAUUCUGCCUUAGUUAACAGCCACGCUUUUCAUGACAAUCCCCAAAUGUCUGUCUUGGGAUGAUGUUUUUGUGUUUAUGGCAAAGCUGCUGCUCUGUUGUAAAGCUCCCUCCCUUUUUGUACACCUGCCACCAUCAAAACCAGCCAUCUUAAACCAAAAUGCCAAAACCCAGCCCCUCCCCAUUCCUCGUUGUUACCCCUGCACAUUUAAGAGUUCUCAGACUUUUUUUCUAAAGAGAAAAUUUCCUUUAUUCUCUGCACUUUCUAAAGCCUCGAGCAACCCCCUCGUUUCCCUAAGGAGCUGAGUACUAAACCUUGGCGGGGAGGAGGGGAGUGGCGAUAAUAGAAACUGCCCCACCCUCCAGAGAGGAGCUCUGACAUAACUGUGAUAAACACAUUUGUAUUCCUUGUGAUAAAGUAUUUCAAACUUGCUGAGCUGUACUUGUAAACGAAGCCGGCGUGAAGGAAAAAAAUCUUUUCAUAGCUAUUAACCUGCCUCAUAAGUUAAAGGGUAUUUUUUUUUUUUGUUUUUGUUUUUAAAUUAUCUGCUUCCUGCUUUAAAUUUUUAAUUGUGUUAUGGUCUCUGGGUUCUGUUACGGAGUUAUUCUUUUUCAGCCUUUUUACUGGGAUCAUGUUCCUCCCUGUGCCAGGCACACUACACACAAGCAACCAGUAAUUAAAAAUGCGGCCGUGCCUCAGUCUGGCAGAGCACUUCAGCGUGCAUAAUCGAGUGUGAGAAGCUCUCCUGGAACAACAAAAGCUGCCUGGACGCUGAAAGUAAAUCACAGCCUUAUGUUGAGGCUGUAGUUCUAAAUCAGAAGGAAACCCAAGCACAUAAAUACAGCGCAGCACCUGCCGUGGAGCCCCGCAUGUGGGUGAUGUGGUGCCAAUGCAGCAUGAUUUAUUAACUUGCUGAGGAAACCGAAAUGUUUCGUGGCCUCUGUGCUUUUAAAUCCUGUUAAAGAAAAUCUUAUGUUAGAAAUGGGACGUGCACACAGAGCAGCCUUCACAGCAAAGUGCUUCCUGCCAGCCCUUCACCAGUUGCUGACAGCUGAGCGGCCACGGGAAGCGAGGAGGGGGCCACCUGCCACACAUCGUUUCGCUGAAAUUCAGCCCCAUUUGCUAACUCUCUAAUGUAACCCUAAUAAAUAAUAAAAAGUGUAAUAUCCAAAGUAUAAAGUUGCAGUACGCUGAAUUAGCUGGAGCCUGUUCUUUCACUCUUCGUGUAGGGCGCUGUUCUCAGCUGCUGGGAAGAGAGACUUGGAGCUUCUUAAAUUAAACCAGUUUUGCCCAGGGAGGACUCGGACGAGGUAUUUAUUGUAGUCCUUUGUAAUAGCAACUGUCCUGUUGGCAAGUUCUUCACUGUGCCUAAAGCUGUAAGUAAAGCCAUGUACUGCUUCCAUGCGGCUGCUAGCAGCCUGUGUGUAACCCUCGCUCUGCUGCGUGUGUCUCGUUCUGUGUCUAUGCUGCUGUGACUUCAUUUUUCUCUGUUAGAAGCACCUGUCUUGCACAAAGCUGAUUAAUCUUCUAUUAAAGUGGGAUAAAACCAAAGAGA